AUGGAGGGUGGCUAUGAGCAUCAUAUGCUUCUUCCUGGACAAAGGUUUUGCCCCACGGAGGAUGAACUACUCAUGUAUUACCUUAAGCCCAAGGUGAAUGGAAAGGAGGUACCUGGAGAAGGAACCCUAAUCUGUGAAGUGGAUUUUUAUGGUGAAGAAGAACCAUGGAGUAUAUGGGAAAGAUUCGAAGCAGAAAGAGCAAACGAUUUGAGAAGGAACAAAGAUCUUUACUUCUUCACCAAGAAGAAGAAGGUGAGUGCAAAAGCGUCACGCAAUUACAGAAAAAUAGGGCGCGGUACAUGGAAAGGCCAAGACGCAGCCAAGGAGAUAUAUCUUGUUGAUCAGAAUCAUCAACAAACAAGAACUCUUCUUGGUUUCAAGAAAACCUACACCUACAGGAAUAAAAAGUCCGAGCAUCAUGGUGGCUGGAUCAUGUAUGAAUACGAACUUGAUGAGUCUCAAUUCAUGAACAAGAAGCAAGGGCCUGAAGACUAUGUCGAAAACGACGAAGGCGAUAACAUGGAACCCGAAUCGGUUGUUGAAGAGCCGCAAGAGAAACGUCAACGUCUUCUUCCACGCACUAACAAUGUGCCAGGACCAUCAUCAUCAGAGGACGUCGCUGCUGAACUAGAACAAUGGAUUGACUUCGACCAACAAUACUAUAAGCCAGCACCACUACCAUUAGAAGCUUAUACACCAGCUGAACCACAACCAGCGGAAGAAAAUUUGGGGCAGCAAUAUCAGAUGCAUCCCUUUUCUGCUAAUGAAAUAAAUCAAAUAAUGAACCAUAACUUUCACCAUGAAAAUAAUCAGAUGCAGCAAGUGAAAGAUGAAGAGGGUAUCAGGACAUCUGGGGAAGGUGAUCUAUAUGGAGGGAACUCGAGUGAUGCUAUGGGUGGUGGUGCAUACUGGCCUCAGUCUUUUAUGGAUGGGCUAAAUCAUCUAAUGAACGAUGAGCAGCCAAGUACCAUGGGUGUAUGGAAUGAUGAUUCAUAUUUAGAUUUUGGGGCGUACGCAGCGGAUUAA